AUCAGUUCGAUAUUCCUCAUGUUUCGUUUUGUUAGUAGCGUUCUUACGAUAUUUCAAGCAGACUCUUAUCUUGAGCGUUCGAGCAAAGAUUGUCGAAGAAAAAGUGUGAUAAAUAAACGACUCUAUUGAUACGUAACUCUUUCAACGUAUUAUAAAGAGGGCGAUCGAGCCAACUACAACUCAAUCGGCAAAAGUUCAUCGAGCUUCAUCCUCGAGCUCUGACCGCUGUUGUUUUUCAUUCUUCUUCGUCUGCGACGCAUCAUCUUCGCUGUCCCCGACGAGUAAACAACGAGCGAUCGGAAAAAAUGGGAUACUCUUAGCAUCGAUCAAAUCGUUUGUCGUUCGCUGAAUAAACGCGCAUCUCCAGUCGGUUCUUUUCAGCUACUGUCAGCGUUAUUAAAUUAAUCCGUCAAAAUAACACGCGCGAGGACUAUCUACGGAAGUGUGACGGCAGUGUUUCAUGAUUCAUUUACUACGGUGGUACAGCCCAGUUAUGUUCUCGAUCAAGUACAGCAAGCAAUUUCUGAGCUAUCGUAUACUCAAGUCCAACCGGUUCAAAUAUAUCUGACGAUACGGACUCGGACUAGAUAAAGGGUGCGCGCAAGGUGGUGUGUGUGUAUCUUAUCGCGGACGGUUUGUCGUACCUACGGUGCUCAGAAAGGCAGAGAGGAUUGUGUCCCAGCAAGACCUGGAAAGUCUUGUAUCCAAGUCCAAUGGCCGGAUCGCUUUUUACAGCGAUGCGAGCUUGAGGAAGUACGCCGACGACAACGGCGACGACGACGUGACAGACUCAGUGCCAUCGAAAAUCGCUAGUGAGGCGAAUCUUUCGAGGGCAAAGGGUGAUAGGAGCUUGAAAGAAAAAAAAAAAUUAUUGCAAAAGAAAUUGAAUUGGUAACGACGUACGAUUUCAUUACCGAGGAGAGAGAUUUUUAUCAGGAACAGAGUAUUAAAAUUUGGAAUACAAACGUAUGCAAAGAAAGCAUAAAAGCAAAAAAAAAGAUCCAAUUGAUAGCAAAUCAUUUUGUCGAUAAAAAAUUUUGAGGAAGAUAAUUAAAAUUCGCAAUCAAGAUUAAAAUUUUGCCAAACCGGCUUAUAAGAAAGUGGCUAUAGUAGCUAACGAUUUGUUAAAAUAAUUUUCAAACAGAUAAGUCAAUAAAGAUAUCGAGAGAAUAGUCAUUAACGGUGUACAUUGUGAGUACACGAGAAAUUGCAGAGGCUCUAGAAUUUAUCUAGAAAGAAUUUACCUAGAGUAACGACAUUGCUCGAUGCGCUUAUAUAUCAGCUGAAAGAUCAUUAGAGCGGCAGGAUAAGCAGAGUAAGCGGAAAGCGAGAUCACUCGGAAAUUCCUUCGAGAGGCACAGACACUGUAAUUUUUCACGGCAGUUACAUACACAUAUACUUUCUUAAGUAAAUACACAUGCAUAAUCGAGCCUACAUAAAACGCGAAUUAAAGGGAAUCACUAAUUAAAGCAACGAUCGAGCGAAAUCUGCACGUCUUUGGCGAAUCGGAAUAAAAUCGCGGAAAGAAGUAAAAAAAAAGAUGAUUAAAAAAAUGAUCGUUUACGUCCCGGGCAGAAUGCCAACUCACGUUGGUCCCUACGGCGCCGCUCGUUACCCGGGCACCCUGCUAGGAACUGCCCCGGGUUUUUACAGCUCGGUUUCCGGCUACACCACCGACCCGGGUCCGAGCUAUUACGGGAGCCUCAACGUCCAGCAUCAACCAGCGCCGCUGGAUCUUCCGAUUUGGCCGCGAAGAAUGCCGGCCGAGGAGGAACUGGGGGCCUCGCCGGCCGUUGGGGUGUCCCCGGGCACCCUUGGCAACGGCGGUCCCCCGAGCCCGGCGCAUAGCGACUCGGACGCGUCCAGCUCGAGCUUGGAACUCGGUACCAUCAGAACCGGCGAGAACGCCCAAUUAAAGUGCAGAUGGCAUGAUUGUGGCCGAUGGUUCACAUCCCUGGAACAACUUGCAGGACAUGUUGCAAGGUUGCACGCUGCACCUGGUCCGCGGGGUCUCUUUUACUGUGGGUGGGAAGGAUGCGCGAGAGGCGAGCGUGGGUUUAAUGCAAGGUACAAGAUGCUGGUCCACGUACGCACACACACGAACGAGAAGCCGCACCAUUGCUUCCAGUGCGACAAGAGCUUCAGCAGAGCGGAGAACCUGAAGAUCCACGCGCGUUCUCAUACCGGCGAACGUCCCUACGUCUGCCCCGUUGAGGGUUGCAACAAGGCUUAUUCGAACUCCUCGGAUAGGUUUAAACACACCAGAACCCAUGCUGUAGACAAGCCGUACUGCUGUAAAGUGCCAGGCUGCUCCAAGAGGUACACCGAUCCGUCGUCUUUAAGAAAACAUGUCAAAACUUAUCGCCAUUACGUAAACAACAACGAUAAGGUUCAAGAGAAGAGUUUCGACGACAGCAACGUCCAGGAGAAAACCAGGUUCGACCUGACCUCGCCCGAUAAACAGAGUAGCAGUACGUAUUCCGAGUCGGACAAGAAGAAUUCGAGCAUCGAGAGCAGCAUAUCGGGUUCCAGUCCCAAGGCUAGCAACAGCUUUGAAGAACAGAAGAGUUUCGUCGAGUGGAACAACAUAUAUAAUCUCCAGGAGCAGCGGAAAGAACAGGAACAGAUGACUCCACCAAAGCCAUACGAGCAGGACGUGAAGAUCUAUCCAAAGAUGUACGAUGACAGUUACAUUAUACCAGAUAGAAUCCAAGUCAAUCCCAUGUAUGCUUCUGGUAGCACCAUCAUCAAAGAUUGCCCUGCGGUGUCGUCGCCUCACACAAGUCCCGGCCGAGUAUCUGAUCCGAUACCAUGUAUCGGAAUGCAAUCGACGCCCAUCAAGACCGAGGAACCCAUGGAAUGCAGCGUCACCAAGACUUCUACGGUCGAUUACAGGAACAUUGAUUCAAUCGUCAACAGCACACCUUGCAAGAAGGAAAAUACAAUCAACUCUGAUCCAGUGAGACACUCGGUGAUCAAGCGGGCGGAGGAUCUGAAGAUGGAAAUAGAGCAGACGCCGCUCAAGGAGGAACUCAAGGACACCGGCGAUUGUUGCUGCCGGCACAAAUGCUGCGUACACAGCAACGACAGCAUCCUCCAGAAAACGAAGAUCCUCUCGGAUCUUAUUCUCAAGACGCAGAACCCGGUCUUUCGACAUUUGCUAGAUUCGAUGGAGUUGCGGUACGGGUUGGAGAACGUUUGGGGCAACAUUAUAGACACCGCCAACACGUGCGGCCAGGAUCUCAGAGUGAAGAACGAGAACGUCGCCGAGAUGGAGCAAGAUCUGCCGCUGGACUUGACGAUCAACAAAUAACGAACGAUCGGUUGACAACGUACCAAAAAGCUCAUAGUCGUCAGUGUACGAAUUAUCUUCAUUAUAUACGCGACAAAAUACGGAUUAAUUAACAUGUCGUAAAUUUCACAGAAGCAACAAAUCGAUGUCGUAAUAAUUCAAUCGGCAAGAAACGAAAUUAAUCCAUCUCUGAAACGAAAAUUGUUUCGAUCAGACUGCGAAACCAAAUAUAAUUAUAAUACUUUGUGUUUAAUACUUGUGUCUAAUACUUAGUAUUUAGUAUUAUAUAAUGAAAAUUAACAAGAUGAAAGCAGUCAAAGAUCGAACAAAAAUUUGCUCAAACCGUUUAAGCAGCUGUCUAGUAAUGAUUGUACGAAUCGAAAUGUUAAUCAGAGAUAAUCAGAUCUUGGCAUACGCUGGAGCAACAAUUUUGAUCAUUUUAAUCGAUACCUUAAAAAUGAUGUUUUCAGUUUGUCGAAUUAGCAGUAUACUAAAAUCGGAUAAGUAUAGCUGAUAUAAUAAUGAAAGAUAAACUGGUUAUAUGGCUGUAAAUAUAUUUGAAAGACACGCAGAAAAAUGCAAAAUAAUUUGCUCCCAUUCGAUAAUUCGUUCGUUAGGAUUGGAGUCUAAAAGUUAUGUUUUUCUUAUAUAAUAAGACCCUUAUAUAAAACAAAUCAUAUCUCAACACUUUAUGUAAACAAAAUGUAUGUGUAUCAUAUGUAUAUAGAAAUUUAUAUAUAUGUGUAUGGAGAGUCACACAUAAUUAAAAAGUGAAGUGAAUCUGGGAGGAAAGUGCCUUCCUCUGCUAUAAAAGCAGUACAUGUUUAUGAUGUGAAUUAUUUCAAUAAAAAAAUACAUUAUUUAUGUAUAUA